UGUCCUGAGGGUGGGGUUUAUGGCAGCAGCGACAGCUUCACAGAAACUACAGGGUCUAUGAGACGCGGAACAGGCGAUUAAUGCUCUCCUCAAGAUAACACAAGAGACCGAGGAGGACAAAGUCACAGAGAGCUUCUCCAAAAUAGUUUUGUUUGUCCGCAGGUGGUGGCAGCUUGUCUGUGGAUGUCUUGUGGUUUACCUGAAGAAGACAAUUAUAGACAUGGCAGCCAAUAAGAGCAAGGCUCAGAGCUCCCUCGCCCUACACAAGGUCAUCAUGGUCGGCAGUGGAGGCGUAGGAAAGUCUGCCCUCACACUUCAGUUUAUGUAUGAUGAGUUUGUGGAAGAUUAUGAGCCCACAAAGGCCGACAGCUACAGAAAGAAAGUGGUGUUGGAUGGAGAGGAGGUGCAGAUUGACAUUUUGGACACAGCUGGUCAGGAAGACUACGCGGCCAUCCGGGACAAUUAUUUCCGAAGCGGAGAGGGCUUCCUUUUGGUCUUCUCCAUAACAGAGCAUGAGUCUUUCACGGCCACAGCAGAAUUCAGGGAGCAGAUCCUGCGGGUUAAAGCCGAGGAGGAUAAGAUUCCGCUGCUUUUGGUUGGAAAUAAGUCAGACCUUGAGGAUCGGAGGCAGGUUUCUGUAGACGAAGCGAGGGGGAAAGCUGAAGAGUGGGCUGUGCAGUAUGUAGAGACUUCAGCCAAAACACGAGCCAAUGUGGACAAGGUAUUUUUUGAUCUAAUGAGGGAAGUCCGAGCUAAAAAGAUGUCAGAAAAUAAGGACAAAAAUGGAAAGGGAAAAAAUAAGAAGAAUAAGAAGAGCUUCAAAGAGCGAUGCUGUUUACUUUGAACAGCACUUGGACUUUUCCCAACCAAUCCUUUCGCAACUCUGUGGAAAACUCCAUCAGAGGCCCCUUUUAUUUCUUUCAAAUCAAAACUUGACUAGUAUAUCGUUGUACAGGCCAAGGCAAGCCUUUUAUUCUCUCAAUUCAUUUUAGGUAACUUGACUAAGAUUGAAUGGUAUGCAUACUUUUUAACAGACGAUGACCACUAUAUGGCUACUGGUUCAAGACUGUGGCACUUUAGGAUUUUUGUCAAAUGUAGUUGGCCACUGUGUGCCAAACACUAACUUCAUUCUUCUGUGAUUUAACUUUUCGUCACAGUUUUAUGUAAGAAUCCACUUUAGUAGACAGUGUUAGGCUAGUGAUCAAAAGUUUGGAGUCAGUAAAAUGUUUGUAAAAGCGGUCUGUUCUAAAUACCAGAGCUGCAAUUAUUUGAUCACAAAUACUAUUAAAAUGUUAAAGCUGUGAAUUAUAAUUUCAUAUAUAAUUGUAUAAAUAUUCAUUUUCUUUUUGGCUUAGUCCCAUUAUUAAUUUGGAAUGAACCACCAACUUAUCCAGCAUAUGUUUUACGCAGUGGAUGCUUUUCCAGCUUCAACCCAACCCUGGGAAACAUUUGCAUAAAUAUUUUUCAAAUAAUUUCAUACAUUUUAUGAAUAAUUGUAUUUGUUCUUGGAAUUCAAAGCUGAAUUUUUAGCAUCAUUACUUCGGUAUUCACAGGGUGUCUGCGGGGUCCUAAAAUGUCUUAAAUUUUCAUAACUAAAUUUUAGGCCUUAAAAAAAUCUUAAAGUCACUGAAAUUUUGACUUGUAGGUCAUAAAUAAUUAUAAACAGGUUUUAAUUUGCCUUUGUCUAUCUAAUCAGGUCAACAUGCAUAAAAACUUUUAACAAAACUCUAUUUAUAACUCUGUUUACUAAUAUGGUUUAAUUAUCGUCACUGCAAUAAUGUUUGUUUAAAAGUUCUAUGUGUAUUUACAGAAUAGUCUAUAUAUGGUAAGGGCACUGACCUGGACAGACUGUCAUGCACACAUUUAGUUUAUUAUACAUUUGAAAUAUUUGUAUGUAAAUUGCGUAUGCAUACAACUAGGGUUUGCUUGUUUUGAGAAUUUAUUUAAAACUUAAAUAAGUUAUAAGCCUAAGAACUAAGCUAUUAUAAUAUAAUUUAUAAUUGAAAGUCCUGUGUAACUCUGAAAGUUAAUUUAUAAAGGUCUUAAAUUUGACUUUGUGAAACCUGCUGAAACCAUGAUUCAGCUUCACAUGAACCCUUAGAAUUUGUAGUAUCAUGAUCCAUUGUUUUUUUAUAAUAAAUUAAUAUUGGUACUCAGUCAUUCAUAAUAAUUCGUUAAAUUCCUCAGUUAAUCAUUUAACACACUUUCAGAAUCAGACUCUUUAUUGUGAAAAAAAAUAGUGUUUUCCCUUCUUUUCGGUGCAAGUUUUACUUAUCUAUAUCAACAUUAAUAGAAGCAAGUAGGAAUAAGUUAUUAAAAAAAAGUAAGUAAAAGAUACCAAUAGCAAUAGUAUUAAAGAUAAUAUCCAAUUAUUAUGCAUAGAGACUGCACUUUAUACAUUUGUCUUUUUAGCAUUUUUAAAUAAAAAUAAAGUUCAAAAUAACAGCAUUU